CUUCUAUGUCAGAAGGCAUUUCACGCAGGAUGGGGCUCUUAUUUCUAACGGUGUAUUUAUCAUUUUCAUGCCUCAAUAGUUUGACAGAGGCGAACUCAACGCUUUUACCGAGGAUGACAUUCACAGAGAAAGAGACUGCAAUGAAAAGGUUACCUUUACCUGGACACCAGGCACCCGUAGGGAUUGUUCUGGAAGGAGCGCCGGACACUGUCAUAGUGGCUGGACAAAAACACCUGAACUCAUUCAACUUUCAAAAUCCUCAGAAGACUCCGGUGGAAAUAAGCGUGAUGUGGACAGAAUGCAUCGUCAGUGGGCCUCCAAUAAGUGUGAAAGCGGAUUGCAACUAUAACAUCAGUGUGGUCCACAAGAUGGAAGAGGACAACCAGGUGUUUCUGUGUGGAACCAAUGGCAAGGCAACAGUGUGCUGUACUAUGGACGUAUCGGAGCAGUCACCCAGGUGCAUUUCCUCUGAUAAAAUCAAACAGAUAAAGGAACGCAUAAAGGAAUUUGGCAUAAAAGAAGGUGAACCGUCAGCCUUUGUGGAAUCUGAGGAAAGUGAUCUCUACAUUACAUACUCUGGAUCUCAAGAGUUCGUUGGCAUCCACAAGUUUGGGAGAAACCGAGUUGUACCGGCAAGACAUGAUAAAGAGCAGCACUAUGUGGGUUUGGUGCUCGGCAGACAGAAAGACGAUCACAAGCAGAACAAAGCGUAUGCCUUCUAUAAGGAGAAAAACAGAGACACAGGCAUGUACAGUGAGAUGUGGCUCCCUUUUGUGACCAGGGUUUGCAUGGAAGAUUGUGGUGGUCCCAAGAACACCCUGCAGUUUAGCUGGACAUCCCAUAUGACCGCCAGGCUCUUCUGUGGGGACUCUGACAGCAAACAACAUUUCUCUGAGCUGGUGGAUGUGGCUACUGUGCCUGCAGAACGGUGGCAGGAUACCAGGGUUUAUGCACUCUUCAGAAAUGAAUGGGGUAUGAGUGCUGUGUGUGUCUAUAUGUUACGAGAUAUUGAACGGAUCUACGAAUCCUCCCCCUUUAAAGGCAAGGGCCAACAAGAGCGCAGGCCUAGAACGUGUGUUCCAGACAGCACAAGGAUUUCUUUAGACGUCCUGAAGAUGAUUGAGGAGAAUUCGGAGAUGGAGCAUUGGGUCCGGCCUGUGGACAACUCUGGCCCACUUCUCUUUAAUCAUCACAGCUACACCCACAUCUAUGUUGAUGGUUCCCAGAAUAACAACCACCACACCGUCCUGUUCCUGUCUCUAACUAAUGGAAGAGUUCAUAAGGCGAUGCAGGAUAAAAAUCAGAGCUUCAUCAUCGCUGAGUAUCAACCUUUCGACCACAGAGCCCACAUCCUCAGCAUCACCUUUCACCCCACCUCUAGGAAGCUGUAUGUGAACUCCAGAAGUGAACUGGUCCAACUGGACGUGGCCGACUGCACUCAGUAUGGAGACAGAUGUGAGGAUUGUGUCUUGGCCAGAGAUCCUUACUGUGGUUGGAACGGCACCCACUGCACCCCUGACACAGAAGGCACACUGCAGGACUUGACCCAAGGGAACCAUACCAUCUGUGUGUCUCAUUCAAAGGUUCAUCAGAUCCCUGGAAAAGCGUUUAGAUCUUCCACUGCUAAACAUGCAGACGAGGCCGGCAGCAGCAUCGCACUUCGCCCUGAGUCUAAGUAUUUCCUCCAGUGCCCGGUGUCGUCCCAUCACGCCCAGUAUACCUGGCUUCACCUUGAAAGCAACACAUCCUGCAGCUCGAGGGAGCAGCAGUGCCUUCUUCUGAUCGACAGCAUGGGUCCCGAGCAGGAGGGAAUUUACACGUGCAUGUCGGAGGAGAUGGGCUACAGCAGAGUCCUGGCACAGUACCAACUACAGCUUGAGAGCAGGGCGGCGGGGCGUUCAUCAAGCCCACUGGUCUGGCUUUGUCUAGUGGCUGUCCUGAUCAAGAGUUUGUCCUGUUAAUCCAGAGUAAAUAACAUGAAUACAAUGGCGAUAAAUGACACUUCCAACUUCAAGUGUCUGUAGUCCUACUGUAGCUAUUGAUAGAGCUAACAGUAUAACUAAAUUGAAAAUCCUUUAUUUUAUUUUGUUACACAAAUCCUAAUCGUAAUAAUUUCCUUUAAUCUAAAGGUGUUAAAUUUGAUAUUCAGAUUAUACAUUAAUACAGCAGCAAACAACCAUUAGCUGUGUAAAGAUAUAGUGGAGUAAUGUCUACCUGAGCAGAGAUGAAGUCACUCUCCCUCUGUGUGUGUUGUAAUCAGAGCUUCUCUGCACUUUGUUGACAUAUCCGGGCCGGCUACGUGUGCUUUUAGUGCAUGUUCGUGCAUGCGAGUGUGACCCACUGGCUAGCUCACAGCCGCCGCUCUGCACUGCUCUCAUACGGCAGUUACAGCUGAUAACACCGUCCCAGCCGACAGCAUCGUCACAAAAGCGUCCGGUUCUCCCCAGGUUAACACGGCUAUCUCUGUCAGCAGUUUCGCCAUUGUAAAUGCUGUUAGCACCGUUAGCUGCAAGCCGCCAGCUGGCCGUCAGCAUGUUGAGAGCCGUUGAGAAGCAAUAGAAACGGUCUCGAUCCCGUAUUUAGCACCUUUAACUAACAAAAUAAUUUCACUGCACUAUUGGCAUCAUCAUCAUUCCAAUCAUCAAGUGCAGUAGACAUUGUUAAUGAAAACAAAACAGAUGUCUCAAGCUCGCAACAAUCUGCUUAAUUAUGGCAAUUAAAAUAGCUAAAAUGUUGCUUGUACAUAAUUAUCCUGAGCCUUCAAAUGCAUAUUUUUAAAAGAAAGUGAGGUAUGUAAAGGUUAAAAUGUUCCUCAUCUAGCAUUUCUGAAUCCUUUGAAAUUUCACUGUAGGUGCUCGUCUUCAGCUGCACACAAACAGCAGCGUGCACUUUUAACCAAUAAUGAUGAUAAUUAAUAUUAUAUUAGUAUAAUUUAAAAUAAACUUCUUGAUUCCGUUCUAACAACAAUAUCAAUGCAAAACUACAUAUAACUGCGUAGCGGUGCCUACAUUUGCAUACAGUCACAGAGCCAAAGAUGGUACAUAAAAAAUUUAAAAAAA